AUGCCUCCCAAACCCGAGGAAAUAUGCUCGGCCAACGACAUUGAUCCAGAGGGCCUCAACGUCCGCUUCUGGGGAACCCAAUCUCCUUGCACCAAGGUCCACGCCGCUCCCGACAACUCUCAGUCCGUCAUGGACCUCGUCUACUGGCUCCGUCUCGGCCGCGACACCAAGCCCCGUCCAUGCCGUCAGUGGCUCGACCCCAAGGGCUCUGAGCAGCCGGCCCACGCGCAGUGGCCCUACUUCCUCGAGCGCAUCGGCUGCACCGAGGAGGAGCUGAAGCGAGACGAGUACGCCAUCAAGUUCCCGGGCGUUCCCGAGCCGAUUCCCAUCGCGUCGGAGGGGCAGCUUGACAAUAUCCUUCGGUCUCUGACCAAGUACCUGUGUUCGACGCCUACGUACUGGUGCCAGGCUCCCCCGCCUGUUCUGUUGAUCUGCAGGCCUGAGCAGGUCGCUCGGUGUGAGAGCAGAGGCUGGGUUGAUUGCGUCUGGCGCGAGGCAGCCAUUUUCUACAGAGCCGCUGCCGGAGUUUGCCUUCCGUGGAUGGAGGAAGACGGUAAGAUCAAGGUUGGGGAGUCUUUUGAGGCAACGGAGAGCGGGAACUCGGCCACUACUAUGGGGUAUAAAGGAGUGAUCCUUUUUGAGGGCGACGGGCAGACGCGGUCAUACGACAACGCUAAGGAUCUGAGUGCUGUCUGGGUGCCAGACUUUGAGCCCCCUUUCUCCUAG